AUGCCGCUAGGAAACCCCGGAUACCACUCCAACGCAGACACCACCAUCGUAGAUCUCGUAGCCGCCGUCCUGAUCAGCGGCGACCCCUACGGGCAAUCCGACAUGAGGAGAUUGAACGGGCAUAAUAGUCCACUAGGGGAUCGCUACAUGGACGACGCAGUGAGGCUAGAUGACAUCCGACGCAUCAACUUGAUCGCCCAAAUAGCAAAUAACGCAGUUACACCACGCAUGCAAUAUGCCGAGGUCCAUCCUAAGUUAAGCACCAUCGAUGGUCGCUACCCACGUGAGUUCGACACGCCGCAUCGCAUUGAAUCGUUUCUAGCUGCUGAUAAUCAAACACUCGACCGUAUCCUCGCAGCCUACAACCUCCCACUCAACCCCUCCCUCUCUAACUCGAAUGCCAAUGGCCUAGGUACCUCGCUCCUUGCCCCGCGCUCGCUUAACUCGGAUCGUGUGAGAGACGCGAAGUUGAUCACGUUGUUGCAGUAUUUGGGUGUGGAUGUUGAGGGGAGUGGGAGUGGGAAUGGACGGCUUGGCGGCGGGAGUGGAUUGGGGGGAGGUGGGUUAGGUGGAGGGACGCAGGGGCUUCUGGCGCAGUUGGGAAGGGCGCUGGGGAAUGGAGGGGGUGGGAAUGGGGGGAGGGGACUUGGGGGGUUGGGGAGUGGGAGUGGUGGUGGUGGGUUGGGGAAUACUGGGUAG